AUGAAAAGUGGUAAGAGAGCUAUUGAAAUUAAACAGAUGAAGAAAAUUAUCGUUCAUAAGACCCAAGUCUUUUUCAUAUAUUCCUUAUACGAGGAUUUAGUGGUUGUUAAGGACAUUUGUAGCACUCCAUUGAAGGGCGAAAUUCCUUCGGCUAGCAUUCGGUCGGAGCCAUCACCGGGAGAAGUGCAGUUCGCACAUCGAUCGAAAGGAAUAUCAAAAAGAAAAAGACCACGAAAAGCACCGGAAGCACAAAAAAACGGGCAUAAGGGUUAG